CUAUGAUUAGUGAGUGUUACACAAAAAUGCAUGUUGCUCCAAAGUUAAAGGUAGCCAGAAAUUCCAAGCCCUUCUGUGGAAAAAUGCCAGGAUUCAGCAUUUUUCCAUUUGGUGGUUGCUUUGAUGGAUGCCGUGACCACACUCAAGCCUCAGGAUUUGGCACAAGGAUCUGGAACCUAAGCGACCGGCCUGUGGAAUUGCAAAUAAGGGUGGGAUCAAUAUUGAAGAAGGUUCAUACUUUGAAGCCAGGCUUUUCUAAGAGACUGAAAUGCAAGAGCAUAUACAAAGCUUAUAUGCCUGGUAAGAGUGGCAUUAGUAAUGGGGGAAUGAAGAGCUUGCUGUAUUACUAUGAUGAGACAUGCCACCCUUAUGUUUGGAUAAAUGACACUGGUGGUGACUCAUUAAGGAUGGUCAAGCAACAGUAUAUUAGUCUUGAUGACCUGAGAGACUACUCUGAGAUCAGAGUCUUUAGGGACCAUCAGAGAGGCUGCAUAUCUGUGCGCAAGAAAGCUAGGCCAGAUAUUUGCUAAAUAUUCUUUCCAAGUCUCAACUAAUGGCAGGUCUGAGUGAUAUGUGUUGGUAAUGACAGUAGAGCUUGUUUUCUUUGCUCUUUGUUGUUUUUUCUCUUUUCCUUUGGAUCUUCUUUUGCUUCUUGUUUUGUGAAUGUAUUUGAAAGAACUCAGAUGGUAGUCAUAUUAUUGUAUGUACCAAAGUAUUCUGCAGAAUGAAAUAGUGCAGAUGUUGGAUCUGGUUUUCUUACCAA